AUGCCGCCUGCUACUAUUCAUGCCGCGCCUGCCCUUGAUUCCUAUACAGCAAUCGCAGACCACCAGGCACAAACACCCACGAGCUUCUUUGGCGCAAAGCCAGUCCUACAUUAUCAUGCUACGGGUGUUCGCGCCUUAGCAGCACGAUCGCAGCUUUCAAAGUUGCCGGUAUUUUCAGCGGUCCCAGCGGAUGGAGGAGAGGCUGAGGCACAGGCAAACAGCGUGGAAGCAGUAGACGUCUUUGUUAGUUCAGAGAACCUCAUCUUGUUCAACCCUGCGACUUCUAAAGGUGUCUCAAUCCCCUACCCCACCAUUUCACUCCACGCAAUUCAAACACUCGACGAUCCUACCGACUCGAGUCGACAAAUACGAGGCUUAUAUAUGCAAUUGGAGCUGUCAGAUCCGUAUGCAGCCAGUGAAGAAGAUGAGGAUAUGGAUAUUGUUGAGUUGACCCUCAUCCCACCGCCUUCAUCAGCAGAGAGUGAAAAGCCAGCAAUACAGACUCUAUUUGAAGCGGUCUCAAACUGCUCGAACCUUCAUCCAGACCCCUCAUUCGAGGAGGACGAAGAGAUGGGAGAUGGCGAUGGUGACAGCAGGAUAGUUUUCGAGGGCAAUGUGGGCUAUGAGGGAAUGAGUGGUCUACCUGGUGUCCAGGCUGGCGCUGCUGAUGGUGGGCUACCUCCGCCUUUUCCUGGCAGCGGAGGAUGGAUCACUGCGGAGAACGUUUCAGAGUAUUUCAAUGAAGAUGGGAGUUGGAUUGGAGGAGAGACUGGUGAGAAUUUGGGAGAAGGCGCUGGCAGAGUCCGCACUCAUGAUGAAGUCGAUGGAAAUGGCAUGAACGGACAUGGGGAAUUAUUAGAUACCGACGAAAAUAAACGACCCAGAACGGACUGA